CAACCAUAACUAAGACGACCUUCAUGGUCAAUGCUCCAUAGCACACCUUGGAGCCAAUUAUCAGCCUCCAAGUGGCGUUCAUGUCACACAAGCUGCUUUGGACCUUUUGACACGUAGCACAGAUGAACACUUUGCAACAAAUGCCCAUUUGCCGCAGCCAGUCAGCCACUACUGCCUCUCCGCCCUGCCUAUAUAAACUUCGCGAACCGUUGCAAGCAUAUUCAUUCCACUUCCUAAACAUCCAAAGAAGCCAAAACUAUUAAACUAGACAGCAAAGAAGUAAAUUCUUCGCUUCUUGCAUAGUUCCUGUGUGAUCCAAUCCAAGAAGCCAUGACCACGGCCAUGGAGCAGCUUGUUGUUACCCCGCUGCCGCCAAUAGGCGCCACGGAGUACAGAGACCUAAUCCAGGCGCUAGCCACACCAGUGCAAUCUGCUCCGGUCGUGCCAUUCAUGGCGGACACCGACCAGAGCCCGGCCAUGGCUGUCGCAGGUGCCAGCUGCUACCACCUCAUCACGCCGGCGCAGGCGGCUUACUACUACCGCAUCGGCCGGUGCAUGGGACCGGCACCGCGCGUGAUGAAGCGGCACUACGGCCUCGCGGCGCCGGCAGCAGCCAUGGCGAAGCUGUACCGCGGCGUGCGGCAGCGGCACUGGGGCAAGUGGGUGGCGGAGAUCCGUCUGCCGCGGAACAGGACGCGGCUGUGGCUCGGCACGUACGACACCGCCGAGGAGGCGGCGCUGGCCUACGACGGCGCCGCGUUCCGGCUGCGCGGCGCCGCGGCGCGCCUCAACUUCCCGGAGCUCAGGCGCGGCGGCCGGCACCUCGCGCCGCCGCUCCACCCGUCUGUCGACGCCAAGCUCCAGGCCGUGACAUCCGCGCCGGCACCCGCCGCCUCGCAGGGGCUCGAGAGUGCGGGCAUCAAGAAGAAGCCAGGCUGCUGCUCUGGCUCGGAGGCCUCGACGACCACGACGGCAGCCGGCGGCGCGGACCUCUCGUCAUCAUCCAUCGGGUCGUCAUCGUUGGGAAAGGCGGCAGCGCCUCUGCCAGAGAUGCCGCGGGUGGACUGCUCCGAGGCGCCGUGGGACGAGGCCGGCGUCGUCGCGCUGCGCAUGUACCCGUCACUGGAGGUCGACUGGGAAGCCAUCCUCUCCUAAGCAAAGCAAAGUCGAUCUGCUACCAUGAACCUUAACAAGAGUAACAAUGGCUGAUGAGUGGUGGCUUCGCGAUGAUGAUGCCAUCGAUCGGGCUGCAGUUAGUUUGCGGUGCAGCUUAAGUUGCCUUGCACGAUCAGCGUGCCACCUUUCCAGGCCUCUGCUUGGUUUUUGCUUGCGGCAUCGUGCAGGAAGGAAUUGGACUGGAGGAUGCGCUCUGCCUGUUGCUGUUGCACACGCUAGUUUGUUGGCGUCCUUCUCACAAAGAAAAGGCUAUGCAUAUAUGACAAAGAUGUAUGUGAUGGUUGCCACCACUGUAACCACAGAAAUAUAUAUAGUGGUUAAUAUGAACGCCCUUUUUUUUUGCAGGAAUAUGAACGCCCUUUGAAUUGACACAUUUGAAAGAAAGACUUGCUAUGUGCCUGUUUGGUUGUGUUAAGUCACUAGCCGGUUUGAGAAUUUUUUAUGCGGGGCGUAUUGAAAGAGGCAGCGCUGGUACUUGUUUUAAAUGCAUGUAUUCUCUUUUAUAAAUACAUGGCUACAAUUCUA